CUGAACAAGAAACGUGGAAGGUGAGAUCGAGGGAGGCAGGAGAGGUACGUCCAUCGCGAGCGGCAAGAUGACUGGCAAACGAUAUGAUGUGAAUGGAGAUCAUGAUGAAGACUCUGUUGGUGUUACGGACGUGCCUUUCUGGUGCUCUUGUCGCCUUGGUCUUGCCGCCAUUGGUUGCAUGGGUUUCUUCAUUUUGUACGCCCUCCGUAUCAAUAUAAGCGUGGCUCUUGUCUGUAUGGUCAAUCACACAGCUACAGAGAUACUAAACAAGCAAUCCUCAGUCAAUGGGAACCUUUCAGACAGCGUAUGGUACAACACAAGUUAUGGAGAGAAUAAUACAAGUUUUAUAGUCAAGGGAAUGAUAAAUGAGACUACUACCCAGCCAGACCCAACUGGAGUUGUGUGCCCUGGAGCUGGUGAUGGGGAAUCAGAUGGUGUGGUAUGUAUAUAUACAUGCAGAUGA